AUGGAUCAAAGUGAGCAGUACCAGAAACUUAAAACUGCAACCCAAUUCAACAAAUACCAUGAAUUUCUUAAGAAGACACUGCAAUUUGCUGUACCAGUGUCUCUACUAUCAUUCCUAAUUCACUCAUAUUCCUUAGGCUUCUCUUUCUUCUUCCAAUACUUGGAUUUCGAAUUCUCACUCUUCAGUCACACCCCCGAGAGGAAAUACAUAUUCCUCAUUUGUAAUGGCAUACUUGCUUUUCUUUUGAAAAACUCGGGUUUAAGUACCCCAAGUGGCUCUCCUGCCAAGUCUAAUGCUGAAUUUGGCAGGAAUGGUGAACACGGCGUGAAACCGGUGCCUGCAGUUGGCAUAGCAUCUCCGGAGGAAGUUUCACCGGUUGAAGAAGAAGUAUCGGAAAAACAACAAAAUGGGUAUCUGAAUACAGAAUCAGAAGAAAGAGAUUUGAUCAGAGGAAGUGAAGAGAAUGAAGGAGAAGAUGGUGAAGAGGUAGUAGAAGAGAGAGGGCGUUUGAUUCCACCAUCAGCAACAGAGGAAGGAGAUGAAGUGGAUAUAAGUACAGAGGAAUUGAACAGAAAGUUUGAUGAGUUCAUCAGGAAGACGAAGGAGGAAAUUAGGAUUGAAGCUCAAAGGACACUAAUUGCUGUGUAA